UUUUCUAUUGAAUAAAAUUCAAAAUGCGAGACAACAAAGUAAUUCAAAUCCUAUUAUUGCUAGCAGCGACGUUGAUCUCCAAUAUUUCUGCCGAAUAUUGUGAGGAAACAGGAGGCAAUUACACUUCGUAUUCAUUUUCGUACGAUGGUGGACAUGCAAUUGAUGAAUUAUGCAAAUGUAUGCAAGCCAAUUUGGAGACGAAGGGUUUACUGAAGGGCAAAGAAUUCUACUGUGUCGAAAGCAGGGAACUACUGACUAUAAAAUGGGUGACUGCCGAAGAUGUCGAUGGAGGUAGAUCUGAAUGUUCAGCUUGUGUACCAGGAGGAUGUGAAAUGGUUAUCACUCAAGAAUCGGGAAAAAUUUGCGAAAUAAUUCGUAACGCGGAACAAAAUGAAACUGGUAUCCGUCGGUCGAAAAGAAAAGCUGCUCUGAGAUUUAAGUGCUCUUUGGUGGUUGAAGUUGGCUGGUUAUACGUUGGAGUCCACGUCAGCUGUGGAUAGAAUGUCGAAUGGUUUUCCUGCAACAUAUGACUUGCGAUAAAUAAAACAUUUUUCUUUCGAAAAA